AUGGAAGGAGGAAGAAGAGGGAGGGCUUGUGUUGUAGUUUUGGGUGACAUUGGACGCAGCCCUAGAAUGCAGUACCAUGCUCUCUCACUCGCCAAUCAGGCUUCCCUAGAGGUAGACAUUGUUGCAUAUGGAGGCUCAGAGCCCCAUACUGAACUUCUGGCCAACCCAUCUAUUCAUAUUCACCUCAUGAAGCAGUGGUCAACAGCCCGUCAAAGCUUACCGAAGAUACUUCAACCUUUCAUGCUUUUGUUGAAGCCCUUGUUUCAAAUUUUCACGCUUCUUUGGUACCUUUGUAUUAAGAUACCUUCUCCUGAUAUUUUUAUUGUCCAGAAUCCUCCUUCAGUUCCAACUCUGGUGGCAGUAAAAUGGGCUAGCUGGUUGAGAAAAUCAUCUUUUGUCAUAGAUUGGCAUAAUUUCGGAUAUACUUUACUUGGACUGUCCCUUGGAAGGAAUAGCCGUUUUGUCUCUUUAUACAAAUGGUUUGAGAAUCGGUAUGGGAAAAUGGCAGACGCUUCUCUAUGCGUAACAAAAGCAAUGCAGCAUGAAUUGGCUCAAAACUGGGGGAUUAAUGCUUCAGUAUUGUACGACCAACCUCCUGAUUUCUUUCAUCCAACUUCGCUGGAAGAAAGGCACAAGUUGUUUUGCAGACUGAAUGAACACUUUUAUCAUCCUCUUGGUGUUAGAGAUUGUGUUAGUAACGGAAGUUCGCUGACGAGUAGCCAAAUCCAAAAUGAGAGUGUAUUUACAACUGAGGUUGGUUCAAACAUAUGUUUGAAGCCAAACAGGCCUGCACUUGUUGUAAGCAGUACGAGCUGGACUCCUGAUGAAGAUUUUGGCAUUCUCUUAGAAGCUGCUUUAAUGUAUGACAGACGUGUUGCGGCUAUAUUAAAUGAAGAUGAUUCACUAGAUGAGGAGGUCAUGUGGAAAGAAAUAUCUGAUGGAAAACAAUGUUUAUAUCCCAGAUUGUUAUUCGUCAUCACUGGUAAAGGUCCUGAAAAAGCAAAGUAUGAAGCUAAAAUAAAGACAUUGAAACUUAAACGCGUGGCAUUUCGUACCAUGUGGCUGUCUGCAGAUGAUUAUCCACUACUGCUAGGAUCAGCUGAUCUAGGUGUCUGUCUGCAUACUUCAUCAUCCGGAUUAGACCUUCCCAUGAAGGUUGUUGAUAUGUUUGGCUGUGGGCUGCCAGUUUGUGCUGUUUCAUACUCUUGCAUUAAAGAGCUGGUUAGCGUUGACAAAAAUGGUCUUCUCUUCUCUUCAUCUUCGGAGCUAGCGGAUGAACUUUUGACACUCUUCAAGGGAUUUCCCGUUGCGUGCGAUUCUUUGAAGGUUCUCAAAUCAGGUGCACUCGAUACCGGUUCUUCAUCAAGGUGGGUUACUGAAUGGGAAGAACAUGCAAAGCCACUGAUAACUGAGGUUAUAUCAAGAUUUUGA